GCGACGUUCAACUGCAACGAAUCGGCGAACAGAUGCGCUAGUUUCAGCCGAACGUUUGCAAUUUGUGCGAUUGCAGCAGCACAAUGCAAAUUCUCGAAUUCAAUCAAAACUCGAGACCCACGCUCUUGAGUAAGCAUCUGCCGCACCUCCCGUUGCCGGUCCUUGGCAAGGGUCAUGGGACUCAAGCCACGAAUACCUAAUGCCUAGAAAAGUUCUCGUUGGAUUUGGCGUAGAUGUUGACGCUGUGGCUGGCUGGCUUGGAUCCUAUGGAGGAGAAGACUCUCCGUUAGAUAUUUCACGAGGAAUGUACGCGGGAGAAGUUGGAGUCCCUCGUCUUCUGAAGUUGUUUGAUAAGUAUAAGAUCAAAACAACCUGGUUCAUCCCCGGUCAUAGUUUGGAAACAUUUCCGACGCAGAUGGAAGCAGUUCGGGAUGCCGGUCAUGAAAUAGGUCUUCAUGGAUAUUCCCAUGAGAACCCUGUCUCUAUGACUCUGGAACAACAACGUGACAUCUUGGACUACACCUACAAGCUUCUCACUGAUUUCAAUCAUGGUGUUCCUCCAAAGGGCAGCGUCGCCCCUUGGUGGGAAACCAGCAAGGAGGGGACGACGCUAUUGCUAGAAAAGGGCAUCGAAUACGACCACUCCAAUAUGUCCCAUGAUUCGCAGAUGUAUUAUCUUCGCGACGAAGAUACAUGGACGAAAAUCGAUUAUCAGGCGAAAGCUCACACGUGGAUGAAGCCACUGCAAAAGGGCAAGGAGACGGGACUCGUCGAGAUUCCUGCUAACUGGUACCUCGAUGAUCUUCCUCCAAUGAUGUUCAUUAAGUCAAGCUCAAACUCGCAUGGUUGGGUCAAUACUCGAGAUGUCGAGCAGCUUUGGAAAGACACUUUCACGUACCUGUAUAGAGAAGAGGAGAAUUUCGUAUUCCCCCUCACGAUCCACCCGGACGUCAGCGGUCGUCCACACGUACUUCUUAUGCUGGAGCGUUUCAUUGAAUGGGUCAAUACCCACGAUCACGUACACUGGGUAACCUUACACGGGAUGUCUCAAGAGUUUAGAGCCAGAGAAGCACCAGUUCCAGGUGCCGUAAUGCCUAAAGGCUUCGCACAGCGUCUGUGAAAUCCUGUACAUCGUGUCGAGACUUCUUCACGUGGAUAAAUAUUGAAUGACAUAUAUCAGCGUUCUAUCAA